AUGGUGUUGAUCAAGCUUGAUCCCCAGGCCGAAAUGAAAGGCACCGACGGGGCCCAGGCAGUCGGCAGCUCGGCUGUGUUGCACAGACACCUUUCCGAAGACUUCCUCGUCCUUUCCAAAAGCGAAGGCAACUACCUAAUCCUCGAAGAUGGUCGGCGUGUGUUCGAUGCCUCCGGAGGCGCCGCAGUCAGCUGUAUAGGCUAUCGUAACAAGAGAGUGGCCGACGCUGCUUAUCGGCAGAUCCUUGAUGCCCCGUACUGCAGUACCGUCUUCUACACCACCAAAGUACAGGAAGAGCUCUGUCGCUUCUUGGUCGAUUCGACAGGAGGACAGAUGGCGCGGGCCUACAUCGUCAACUCAGGCUCCGAAGCAAUGGAGGCGGCUAUCAAGCUCGCGAGGCAAUACUUUAUCGAGGUCAAACCAUCACAGCCGCAGAGGACUCGCUUUAUCUCACGGAGACAGUCCUACCACGGCAUCACCCUUGGGGCGUUGGCCAUGGGUGGUCACAUGUACAGACGCGAAAAGUUUGAACCACUCUUGAUGAAAAACGUUUCCCAGGUCUCUCCAUGCAACGAAUCCCGGUUCAAAGCUCCCACAAAGACCAACGAGGAAUAUGUCGCGGAGCUGGCGCAAGAGCUCGAUGAGGAGUUCCGGAAGGUUGGGCCCGAGACUGUCUGCGCUUUUGUUGCCGAGCCUAUCGUCGGUGCAGCUCAAGGCUGUGUGCCGUCGGUCCCGGGAUACUUCAAGGCUAUGAAAGCCGUGUGUGACAAAUAUGGGGCACUUCUGAUUUUCGACGAAGUGAUGUGUGGCAUGGGCCGCAGUGGUACCUUGCACGCAUGGCAACAGGAGGGUGUCGUUCCAGAUAUCCAAACCAUCGGAAAGGCGCUUGGUGGUGGCUAUCAACCAAUAGCUGGGCUGUUGGCCAACCACAAGGUCAUUGAUGGAAUCGCGAAAGGAAGCUCUGUAUUCGUUCACGGUCACACCUACCAAGGCCAUCCCGCUUGCUGUGCGGCUGCCCUCGAAGUCCAGCGCAUCAUCCAAGAAGAAAGCCUCGUGGCAAAUGUCGCUAACAUGGGCCGCUUGCUAUCUCAAGGGCUGAAAGGGCGUAUUGGCAACCACCCGAAUGUCGCUGAUAUUCGAGGUCGUGGUCUGUUCUGGGGAAUCGAGUUUGUUUCGGACAAGAAAAGCUCGACACCAUUCCCGGAAGAAGUUCAUGUAGCCAUGGUCAUCAGCAAGCUUGGAUUGGACCCCAAAUAUGGCAUCAAUGUAUAUCCUGGAGCAGGCUCGGCGGACGGGCGUCUGGGGGACCAUAUCAUAAUCUCGCCGGCCUUCAAUAUUCGGAAAGAGGAUGUUGAGUGGAUUGUGGAGACAGUUGGCAGGCUGGUAGACGACUACUUUGCAACGCUUCAAGUUUGA